UAGAGGGAAAGUGGGAGGAAAAAACGUUUCAACAACUCUAGAUUGCGAAUAACACCGGUAUAGCAUGAUGAAAACACACUUCUGUUAGGUAAAUACUUUUAUGAUCGGAAAAUAACUUAAACGUAGUUUAUUGUGCGGGACACAUAGUCUUACUUUCGAGUUCACAAUGGGACUCCCAACUCUGGAGUUUAGCGAUUCUUUUCUGGAUAGCCCUGAUUUCAGAGAACGGCUAAAAUAUCACGAAAUAGAGUUGGACCGGACAAACAAAUUCAUCAAAGAACUGAUCAAAGACGGGAAUAUGUUGAUAACGGCGCUAAAGAAUCUGUCUACUGCUGUCCAGAAGUUCUCUCAGUCCCUCCAGGAGUUCCAGUUUGAGUGUAUAGGAGACGUAGAGACGGACGACGAGGUCAAUAUCGCCCAGUCGUUCAAGGAGUUUUCCCAGCUACUGAACACAGUGGAAGAGGAGAGGAGACGCUUG